CUUUAUUCUGGAUCACUAAAAAAGUUUGUGUAUGUAUUAGGACGGGGGUUCUUAAGUAAUAACAAACAGAAAAUGCAUUGACCAUUUAAGACUUUUAUUAAAUAAGUUAUUUAAAUAAACACGAAAAGAAACCUGACAAUGAGUAAAAAAUGAAUCCUGAGGUGUUCGUGAAGAACUAACGUUUUACGAUAUAAAUAGGAAACGUACCAUAUGUUUUGGGUACGAUAUUACAAGUAGGUUAUACGAUCUACUCUUGUUAGUUCGAAGUCUUAGAGUUCAUGUAGUAACAUAAGAAUUAAUUUUGCUUUCUCUUUCGAUUGAAAAGAAAAAUAUAUUUAAAGGACUAAACAACCUUCUGUUCUAACAUAUUAUUAAAAUACCAUGAUCAGAGAUGAAAUUAAUGAUAAACUGUUAUCUGAAGACAUUGGAAAUCGAGCUUGGACCUUUAGGAGAGACGUAAAAAGGCUUAACUGAAGAAAGAGAGUUAUACUAGGUAGAUUUUCGGAACUUGAGGAAUGAAAUUGAACCACACCGUAUGUAGUACCCAUCACGUGACCAUGACCGAUUCCAACUACCAACAAAUCUUCAACUACUUCAGACAUUGCUAUUAUCUAACCCAGGCGUUGAUGUUUGAGGACAGGAAGCCCUACUUGGAGAGAAUGAACGAGUUACUCCAAGAAACUUGGUAUGACUUCAUCUGGAGAACUGACCUGAGCAGUGAGUUACUUGUCAAGAUGCAAGCUGCUAAGGAAAACCUGUUGAAACAGUCAUUGGAAGACAUCUCCUACAUCUCCAUGCAGGUUUCUCGAAUGACUAAGGAACGUAACGUAUCGGACCGAACCCUCAUCUUGCUGUGUACCUUCUUCAUCCUAAUGUUCUUCAUUGUCGCUAUCAUUAUCAAGUUUGCAAUAUCCCCAAAUCUGAAGAGUCCUUCUUAUAGUGAACAGUGUACAAGCGAAAUAGAUGUAAGAAGGAUGAACGUAGAACCUCCUAAGAUAUCACCUAGCAGUUCUGAAGGCCACAUGGUGUACUACGAGACUCAUUUUCUCACUUGCAUUGGAGAUAGAAAAAAAGGAGAAUGUUCUAUACCCUCUCAAAUUCAUAUCAAGAUGUGUUGCUCUCACGAAGCCUGCAACAGGAAUCCGGAGAUAGUAAUGCAGAAAUGCAAGAUUCACGACAGGACGUCAGAGACAGAAUUGUCAUACGUACCGUCGCAUAACGGACAAACUUCGAUUGGCCUGCGCAUGCAAGAAGGGGAGUAGUUUAUACUCAAAGUUGACCGGAUCUUGUUUUAACUUCUUCCAAGUCAAAUUAUUCCAGGAAUGUAGGAAACCUCCAGUAAGGAUGAGUUCUGUGUAUUUGACCUCUUCCGGUGUCAGUAUGAGUGACGAGUUUAUUCCAGUUUUCACUACUGUGAGGGAAAUGAAAUUAAUAAAUGAGAAGAACAAAAAUAAAGAUUCCUAGACAAAUUGGUACUUGUGAAUCGACUUCGAAAACUAAUCCAAAAUAAUAAUAAAUAAUGGACGAGUGGCUUGAGUUUCAAUUU